AUGGCCGCCAACCUAAACAUUCCACAGCAGAUGGGGAUGCCACCACAGCAGCAGCGGAGGAAUGGCAUCCCCAGUCAGCUCACGGCUAUCGUGUACCAACAACUUGUGGCCAACACCCCCGUUGUCAGCGGGUGGCGAGCCGGGGUACAGUUUCCUGAGCGUAUGGGCAAGACUGUCAAUUUAAUCACAAACAUCAUACUCGCAAACCCCGGCAUCGAUUGGCAAAAGGCUGUGCAAGCGGGUCUCGAUUUCGAGCGAAAGGCCUUUCUUGACAUGCCGGACCGGAUUAUGUACGAUAAGCAAAUGAACACCAAAAUCAGCGAACAGUUUGUCAAACGACAGGUGAACGGACAAAAUCUGCGAAAUGACCUCAACAACCAUCAAAUUGCCCACGCCCAACAGCAAGCCCUUCAACAACAGGUAGCAGUUCAGCAGCAGCAGCAACAACAACAACAACAGAUGCUCAUGGCCGCCCAGAAUCCGAUGCUGCAGGCACAGCUGCGUGCCUUUGGACAGAAUCAAGGCUUCCAGCACAUGCAACAUCCUAUGCAGGGCACGCCCAUAUCUCAACCACAACAAAUGGGUGUACCAAUGGCUCCCAAUACCGGCGGCAUGCAGAUGGCACCCAAUCAGCAGCCUAUGCAAAUGAAUAUGAAUGCCAUGAGGCCCAAUGGCAACAUGCAGCAUAUCGACCUGUCGAAGUUGUCUGAUGCCGACCGCAUGAAAGUCAACGAAUUCGCCCAACGCCUAUACAUGAACACAGACGAAAACACUAAAAGGUCAAUGCUCGCAUCUGUACAGAGCCGCAUGAGUCCUCAGACCAUUCAUAGCCUACAGCGGCAGGGCAAAGACUUGGUCAUGCACAUGUUUCAGGUCCAGGCUCUGAACGUGCUGACAAACAAGGCACAGACCAUGCGUGCGCAAAUGCCUGGCCAGGACGUCAACCAAGCUCAGCAACGGAUGCAGCUUCAGCAGAAAGCAAUGGCAUCGGGUGUGAUGAAUCCCGGUAUGAUGAACGUCAGUGGUUCCGGACAGCCUGGUGGUCUUGGCGGUGGUCCGACAGGUCCAGCUGCGGGGCAGAGCGGUCAGUACCCAUUCUCCACCAACAUGGAGACCAUCAUGAACGAGCAGAAGGCUGGUAUGCUAGCUCAGGAAGCUGGUCAGGUGGUUGUUCCUGCCAGCAGCGGCCAGCCCGGCCGUAAUGCCACCCCUCAGCCUCAGGGCUCUGCGCCCGGCGGUGCAGGUGGAGGAAUGUCUGGCCAGAACCGACCCGGUGCACAGCAAGGCCAAAACCAAGGUCAGCAUGGAUCGCAAAUGCCGCAACAGUUCAACAUGCCGAUGGGCAUGGAUGCUGUCCAGGCAAAUGCACAAAACCAGCAACGAGGAGGCGUAGGGCCAAAGCAGAUGCAGGCCCAGCAAGGUGCUGGCUUGGGCCAUAGCCCUGGCAUGGGCACAAUGAGCACACCGAUGGCACGCCAACCUACAGGCCAAGGUGACAGCUCGGCGCAACAGCACCAGCAUCAGCAGCCACAGACACCCCAGCAACAGCAGCAACAACUGGCACAGGGCGGACCGUACAACGGACAGAUGGAUCCCCGAUUCGGUCAGCGCCCUUCUAUGUCUGUGCCUGCAAACCUCGGUCCUGCCUAUCAGAACAUGUUGAACAGUAUGACCCCGGAACAAAGAGACAAACUCAGCUCCUUUCCACCGGAUAAGUUGAACGAGCUGAUGGCCAGAUGGGUGCAAGGGCAACAGCAACAGCACAACCUUCGCACAGGGAAGCUUCCUACGGCGACAGGGCAAGCCCAGCUGCAGACGAGUCGCCAGGGUCAGAUGGGCACUGCACAGCCCAAUAACCAGGCGGGCGGCGCACCCGGCCAGUUUGGUGUUGGCCAGCAAAUGCCUGGCGUUCCGUCAAAUAUGGCUCUUCUGCAGCAGCAGCGACAAAUGAUGCGACCCCAAGCUAUAGACAAUAUGGAUCUCCCAACCCAGGUCACAAGUCGGUUCGCUCUUCCGCCAGAUGUCAAGAAGUGGUGCGACUUGAAGGCCUGGAUAGCCCAAAAUAACAUCCCGGAAGGCGCCAAGAAUCAGCUUCUCAAUCUGCAGAUGAUGCAAUUCAGGCAGAUCAUGGAUAAGAAAAACGCACUACAACAGGCGCAGCUAGCUCAACAGCGCACUAUACCUACCGGUAUGCCCGCCGGUGCUCCUGGAGCCCCCGCCAUGAAGGCCGGAGUUGCAAACGGUGCCACAGGGCCUCAAAGUGGUGGUCUGGACCAAUCAGGUGGCCCUUCCGGCGCUGUCGGUCCGAAUGCAAAGAAGCUCCAAAUGAACCGACAGGUCGUCAACAAUCGAAAGCGCCCGAGCUCUGACGAGGUGACAGACUCUGAACCGUCAAACGCACCGACUCAACGGUCUGUAGUAGCGGCUCCAAGUGUGCAGCAACAGCAACAACAGCUUCAGCAACAGCGCCUGAAAAAGGACGAAGUCUGGAAGAAGAUCUUAGAGACGGCAGAUCCAUUGGUGAAGGUGGGCAAACAGCUCGGCCGUUUCUACAUGGCAACACGGGACGAGGUCCGAACGCACAGAUUCUUUAGAACUCGGUACCGCAUCUCUCAACAGUUCAGCAACCCCGAGACUCUGUCAGGACGCAGACCUAAUUUUUCCAUCACGGUGGACGAGAUCGAAUCGCAUCGAAACCUGCUCAUAGAGAUGGGGAGAGAGGCUAUGAACCAUGUGCGAAAAGCCCAGGCUUCUCUGGAGGCCCUGAACCAACACAUCGGCCAAAAGAUGUCACAAAUGCCACAGUCCCAAUCGCAGAUGCCGGGUAUACCGCCGGCAGGACAGGCCGCAGAUGUCAGCAUUAUCGGUGCAUCAUCGACUCAGACGGUUCCAGCUCCUCUGAACCAAGCGAACCUUGAGGAGAACAACCGGGUGCUCAAUAAGAUGCAGAACCGGACAAACAGCAAGAGCGGAAUGCCUCCUGCUGCACCUACCACUGCUCAGCCUCCGUUCUCUCUCCAUGCGACUUCUCCGCAUGGACAGCCUGCUUACAUUGGCAAGCCAGCUGUGACCCAGGAGAACUUGCACCUACCUGCGUCGAAGAGACGGAAAACUGGUGGCCAGGCCACAGCAGCAUCUCCCGCGACAACGCACACGCCUGCUGCGACAACACCUUCGCAGAAGGUACCGUCUCCCGAUGCUCGAAGACAUGGAGCAGACGCGACCAAAGCACAGGCUCAGCCAUCGAUGACACCGCAACAUCCCUCAAAGCCUCUCUUGUACUGCACGGAGGCUGACUGUGACACAAAGACAACUGGGUUUGCCACAGAAGAAGCGCGGCGUGUGCACAUCGAAGAAGAGCAUACGAAACCCAAUGCCAAUCCUAUGAAGUUUGUCACAGAAGCCCUGACAGAUGCUUUCGGACUUGAUGCCGACGGCAAAGCUAAAGGCGCCAGUGCCUCUGCUGCUAAUGGUGCUGCAGCUGCUUCCACCACCAUGGCAGCGUUGGCACCCAGACAAGGCCCAGCUCCGGCGACACCAAUGUCCAGGGUUGCGUCUAUGAACCGUCAAGCGAGUGCAGCAAGCGGCGUCGGUAAAGGGGCCAGCGGGGGUCUCGCUGGGGGUAUGUCGGGAAAGACCGGGUCAAGGGGAGAUGCCUCUACUCUCAAGGUUUCAGAUGGACAGCUUUCCACGGGCGCAGAAGGCGAUGCCCAGUUACCUAUCCAGGUCGAGGACCCGUGGGAUCUGGCAAUGAUUGACCCACAUGAGCUUUCCAACGCUUUCAGUUUCACUGCUGAUACCGUGGCAAACGGUGCAAUCGCUGACUUCAGCAUUUACCUGAACUCACUCACACCGAACGACACCCCCGAAUCAAAGGCUGAUAGUGGCUGGUCGUCGGAGCCGACAAGUGAUAUUUCGGAGAGCAUUCAGGUCGACAAUGGGCUGGAUCUCUUCACCGCCGGCGAUGGGACAAUAAUGCCUUCUAUGCUGGACAGCAUGCCACGGUAUUCGAUGCAGCCGUCUGACGAGAACGAUGCAGCAGACUUUGCGCAGAUGUAUCUGGGCGAUGCGCCAGGCAUAUGUCCGCUCGAUACGGACAUGACCGAAAUGUUCAGCAAGUCCAGCAUCGAGCUGGAUCCAGACCUGUACCAGUUCAGAUGA